CGGAAGCUGGAAGCCUUGCCACUGAGAUCUCUCCGCCUUCUGGAAGACAGCUCUGUGGGUGCCCGUCCCAGGUGGGUCGGAGCCGGGGCUCCACGCAGGUCCUGCCUUCUACUGGCUGCCAGUGCCAUUGGGUCUCAUCUCCGACCUCAGGGAGCCUGGAUUCUGAGGGAAUGGCCCCUGGGAGCAGCGGAGUCCCAGCCCAGGGGUUGGUGACAUUCAAGGAUGUGGCUGUGGACUUCACCCAGGAGGAGUGGGGCCUCUUGGACCAUCCUCAGAAGGAGUUGUGCAGGGAAGUCAUGCUGGAAAAUGCCCAGAAUCUGCUGUCCCUGGGGCUUCCAGUUCCCAGAGAUGUGAUCUCCUAUUUUGAGCAAAGGGAAGCACCAUGGAUGCUGGAGCAAGAAGGCCUGAGGAGCCUCUGUCCAGAAGGACAGAUCAGAUUUGAAGUGAAGAAGACUCCUGCAGAGCUAAGCCUUUCUGUGGAAGAAACUCAGGAGCUAGGAUUCAUGGGUGAUGGUCACUGUGACUUCACUUGGAGAGAAAUCUGCGCUCUUCGUCAGAAAAUCCACACUAGUGAGAAAUCUUAUGAAUGUAAUCAAUGUGGAAAGACUUUUACACAGAGGGCCUAUCUUAGAGAACAUCAAGAAAUCCACAAUGGAGAAAAACCUUAUGGAUUCAAUCAGUAUGGAAGGGAUUUUACACAAUGGAGUCAUCUUUCUGAACAUCAGAGAAUUCUCACUGGGGAGAAACCUUAUGAAUGUAAUCAAUGUGGAAAGACAUUCAGUAUCAAGUCCAGUCUUGUUAAUCACCAGAGAAUCCACACUGGAGAAAAACCUUAUGAAUGUAAUCAAUGUGCAAAGGCUUUUAGAGCCAGUUCCACUCUUGCCAAACAUAAGAGAAUCCACACUGGAGAAAAACCUUAUGAAUGUAAUCAGUGUGGUAAAGCUUUUACACGGAGGACUAACCUUAGAGUGCAUCAGAGAAGCCACACUGGAGAGAAACCUUAUGAAUGCAAUCAAUGUGGAAAGGCUUUUACAGAGAGGGGCAGACUUACCCUACAUCAGAAAAUCCAUACUGGAGAGAAACCUUAUGAAUGUAAUCAGUGUGGAAAGGCCUUCAGAGGCAGCUCCAAGCUUGCUAAACAUCAGAGAAUCCACACUGGAGAGAAACCUUAUGAAUGUAAUCAGUGUGGUAAAGCUUUUACACAGAGGCGCAGCCUAAGAGUACAUCAGAGAAGCCACACGGGAGAGAAACCUUAUGAAUGCAGUCAAUGUGGAAAGGCUUUUACAGAGAGGGGCAGGCUUACCCUACAUCAGAAAAUCCACACUGGAGAGAAACCAUAUGAAUGCAAUCAGUGUGGAAAGGAUUUUAGACGGAGGUGCAAUCUGAUCUUACAUCAGAGAAUCCACACUGGAGAGAAACCUUAUGAAUGCAAUCAGUGUGGAAAGGCUUUCAGAAACAGCUCCAGUCUUGUUGUACAUCAGAGAAUCCACACUGGAGAGAAACCUUAUGAAUGUAAUCAGUGUGGAAAGGCUUUCAGAGUCAGCUCCAUUCUUGCUCAGCAUCAGAGAAGCCACACUGGAGGGAAACCAUAUGAGUGCAAUCAGUGUGGAAAGGCUUUCAAAGGCAGCUGCAGUCUUGCUGAACAUCAGAGAAUCCACACUGGAGAGAAACCUUAUGAAUGUAAUUAUUGUGGAAAGGCUUUCAGAGUCAGCUCCAGUCUUGCUGAACAUCAGAGAAUCCACACUGGAGAGAAACCUUUUGCAUGUAAUCAGUGUGGAAAGGCUUUCAGAGGCAGCUCCAGUCUAGUGAAACAUAAGAGAAUCCACACUGGAGAGAAACCUUAUGAAUGUAAUCUGUGUGGAAAGGCUUUCAGAGAAAGGCCCCGUCUUGCUGAACAUCAGAGAAUCCACACUGGAGAGAAACCAUAUGAAUGCAAUCAGUGUGGAAGGGCUUUCAGUGGCAGCUCCACUCUAGUUAAACAUCAGAGAAUCCACACUGGAGAAAAACCUUAUAAAUGUAAUCAGUGUGGAAAAGCUUUCAGAUGUAGCUCUAGUCUUGCUGAACAUCAGAGAAUCCACACUGGAGAGAAACCUUAUGAAUGUAAUCAGUGUGGAAAGACUUUUAGAGAAAGGUCUGGUCUACUUAAACAUCAGAGAAUCCACACUGGAGAGAAACCUUACGAAUGUAAUCUAUGUGGAAAGGCUUUUAGAAAAAGGUCUGGUCUCCUUAAACAUCAGAGAAUCCACCCUGGAGAAAAUACAGUCCAUGUGCCAAAGCCUUCAGGCAAAAGUCAGCCCUCCUUUCACAUCACAGAAUUCAGAGAUGAUAUAGAUGUCAUUACUGACAUGAUUGAGGAGAGGCAUGUCAAUGGAGUAUAGAGCUUUGUAGAUAGCAGAAAAUUCUGCAUACGAGCCAUUUGUGCCCUCAGUGUGAAGAAGGCCUUCAUCCAGAAAUCAUCUCUCAUCAGAGGAUUCUGUUAAUAGGAUUUUUAUUGAGCCAGUUUCUAACCUGAGAAUGCUUAGAGCCACACAAAUCAGGCCUAGAAACAGGAGUGCCAGUAAUCGAGUUGUCUAAUUAAUCAGUGUCAGAGUGAGGAAUGUUCCCUCAGCUGAAGUAAAAGCAUAGGUUUUAUCCUUAAGUGACAACUGGGGAAGAAGGGAGGAAGGUGGAUCGCAACAAUUUUAGUGGUUUCCCACAAAAAAAGCCACACGUCCCACAACACAAGCCAGGUUCUACAAUCUUUGAUUAACUUCACUGAAGGGCCAGUGAUUGUGACUCUUGAUAGAGUUUGGAUUAAUCAAUAUAAGCUGCAUUGUGAGCUCUGAGUGCCACGUCAGAGAACCUGCUCUUGAAAAAUUAAAUUAUUAGUAUAUUCCUUACACAUCAUAUCAAUUAAUAUGAAAAUGAUAGAUUCCUUUCUCAGCAUAUAAUGGAAGGAAACCUUUUGAAUGUGCUCCAUGGGAACAAGCCUUUCUCUGGAACAUGGAGAUCACUGGUAAAGCUUAAAUUUUGUGCCUGAAUAUAACAGAAUGCUGAAAUAAGGGUAAAUAAAUCAUGCUACCCCACCAGGUUACAAAACCAAAAAAGCAGGAAAUAGGCUCAUAGACUGUAGGACUGACUGAAGGAAGACAUACGGGUGUUCUCAAAAACAAAAUGUCUCCAGAAUUAGGAAAUGAACUUGCAUCAGUAUUAUGUCAACAGGGUGAAAGUGGUUAGUGAGAGGAAGAAAUCAGAGGUGUUUGAUCAAGGGUAUAAAAGUGGGGUAAUUUGGGGAAAUUUUGUGGUCUCCCGUAGGUCACCUAUAUGUAUGCAUUUGCCUAUGUUCAGGCUACUGCAUAUGAUAAUCAAGAGAUUUCUCAUUCACUGAUUUUUGUGACCCAACAGUCAUGAUGAUGAGGGAGGGAUUGCCCUGAUGAAUUGAAGGCAGAGCAUAACCAUUGUGUGGAAAAAAACAGCUGCUCCUAGGCAGGUAAGUGGCCUUGCCAUUUGUAUCUCACCAGCCUGGCUGGGGAAUUGAAAGGAGCAAGCAACCACAUAAGAGGCUUCUGGGCUGAUGGUCACAUACGCUCUGGGCCUCUGGGCAGUCAAAGGGACCUCUUGGGACUCCUCUACAGGAGAUGGUUUGUGUCUUGGUAAAUCUAAAGAGACUGUUUCCUGUGGCUAGCCAAAGCAAAUGAGAUGAAAAUGAACACUUUUCUGCAGAACUUGCAAAGCCUUCAAACAGAUAGUCUUUCCUUCAGUUUUUCUAACUCUGGGCAAGUCAGUAGUCAGGUAAGAGACACAAGAGGGGAACUAUUUUUUUUUUCCUUUCCAGUCUGCACAAAUUUAUAAUGUCAUUAAAUAAAGUUUAAAUUUAUGACUUUAAGAAAGGAGGUGGAGCCAUGAUGACCCAGUCAGGGCAGAAACUCGCCUGAACUCUCCCAAAUCCUCAAAACAGUUUUAAAUGAUGCUUUGAAUCCAAUUCUGGAGGGGAGGAACCAACAAAACUCAUGGUGAAACAGUAUUUCAACCCAAGACAACUUAGGAGGCCACAGGAAAAGUGAUGGUAAUUGGGCCUGGAAACCUGUGAGGUGAAGGCCACUCCUUAGCAAUGCAACGGCAGCACCUUGGAGAGCUCUCCGCUCGCUGAGAGCAAAGAAGUCAGACAACUGGUCAGAAGGAGAUUAUAAAGAAUCUUUUGCUGGCAGUGGGCAUAGGACCAUCUUGUAUUGCACAUACACCGUUUCACAUCACAAUCUCAAGAGUGAAACGAGGAGGGAAGGAGCUCAAUUUUUCUUUUCAAAAUGGUUGAAAUACUGUUUUUGCAUGUAAUUAGAAAAAAAUAAAACAUGAAAUUUUUCACAGGAG